ACCCCUGUCACGUUCCUCUCCAAAUCAUAAAUUAUGCUGUUGAGAGAAAUUAUGGGAGGCUGGACCUCCAAAAGAGUUUAGCUGGAGUGAUGUAAAUGGAAAGACAGAGUCUCUGUUUCAGAUCUCACCUCCUGUGUCUCUCCCCAGAGGUGUGUUGUAACAAUCUGGAGGAGCAGAAGAGGCUGAUGAAGAUUGGUCUUAGUAUGGUGUUAGUAGGGCAUGUCAAUUUCCUGUUGGCCGCUCUGGUUCAUGGUGUGGUGCUGAGGUACUUCAGCCUCCAUGUGCGGGGUCAGGCCAUAGAAAGCGCCAUCUCCAACGUCAUCGCCCUGGCAGCAGGCCUGAUGUGCAUCAUUAGUGGGAUUUUGACUAUUAUUCUCUCCAAAAACAGAAAGAACAAGAUCCUGACCUGGUCGCUGCUUGUGUUAAGCACCAUAGCUGGUGUUGUGGCCACUGCCGCAGUCAUCGGACUGACCGUGUCCUUGGUGAAGACCAUCAUUAAUGGUGACAAGAGUCUGCUCGCUUACUGUGGCUAUACUGAUGACAUAAGCUACAUAAGCAUCGCCAAUCAGUGUCCUUUUGACCCUACUCGUAUUUUUAGCACGACUAUAGUCCUCUGGGUCCCGCUGAUAAUCAUAAGCGCUGUGGAGAUGGUGUGCUCAUGUCGCUUAUUUAAAGUCUCCAUCUCCUACCUCUCUCUGCCUUGCUGCCUCGGCAAACACCUUCAACAGGAUCCCAACAGACUGGUAUGACAGGCUGUUCCCUAAUAAAUUAACAUCCCAAGGGGGAUAAAAUUUUAAUCGUACACUAUUAAAAAUAAUCAGCGCUUAGGUGUAGGUGGGCUCAUCCUGUGGGAUUUUAACUCGGGUGGUCUUCCUAAUAGAUGCAUGAGAGAAUACUAACAAAGUGUGUGACUGACUUGUGGUCUUCCUGUAUCGAUGACUCAUACUGCAGUCAUACUGUACUGCUAUUACUGUGUUCCAUUUCAGAUAAAAAUCCAGAGAGAGGCCCAAUCCCCUCUCCUCCCCCGUUACAUGCCUACAUCCCGGCGUUGCCAAGGAGAUGAGGAACGGAAGCUGCCUGUUAGACCCCCAGAGAGGCAAAAGCCACAUUACGACUCACGACCACACCGCUGCACAUACUCCAUGCAGAUCCAUCAGCCCUCCACUCAGUUCAAAGUGCAAAGGUCCAGUAUCUGGAUCUGAUUACGAGCCCUGGCUGCUGUGGCUUUGGCCUGACGUACAGGAAUAAAGGGCAUUUUAACAAGUGUUAUUCUUCUGAAGGGAAUGCAUCAAAGGUGCUGUACGGGUUCAGUUCAUGGAUUCUCAUUGUGUGUGAAAGUAUUGUUUGUUGGGCAUCUUUUUGUCAUUUUCUCUCACCCCAUUUUUACAACUUUGUACUUGAAAGCAUUUACCUCUUUCCCUGCCAGCAUUUAAAAAAGUUGUCAGCAGCACCAGCAUUUGUUCGAUUAUUUUCACAUCAUUUUUAUGGCCCCCAGAAUUUAUCUUCUGAACAUUUUAUUGUCUAAUUAAGGCUGAAUUUGAAACAAUUAUUAGUGCACGCUUGAGGGGAAAUCCAUUUCAGUGGUCUCCGAAUUCAUAGUAGAAAUUAAUAAGUGGACUUUAUGAUGAAUAGCAGUCGACAGAAUUUGGCACCCACAGCGCUUCUGGAGCACUGAGUGCCCGAAUUCACUCACUCCUUUCAAGUUUCAUUUCAAGUGGACUAUAUUAGUGAACAAAUGUAGGGAAUAGUGAAUGAAAGUAUAGGCGGCAACUUCGGACACGGCCAUGGACUUUGCACAGAGCACAAAACGAUGUUGAAGCUGUACACUUGCAGAAUAUGCGUAACAGCGCCCCCUAUUGCAUACAGUGAAAAUGUGGGUUGUUGAAUUUCGUCAGAGGCAGGGAAGUGUUGUCUCAUAAGAGUGAAAAGAGUUAAUAACAUGUUGAAGAACAGCCCAGUAAAUUUCUACAGUAUCUCUUUUGACUGUAAAUUGGGCAUGGUUUGGGAAAUACACCGUUGAGACGCAUGUUCUUUGUGGUGCUUAAGGGCCAGGUUAUGCAGUUAUACCAUGAUCUGUUUGAAUACUCGAUUCUGAUUGGCUGGAAGGUGUGCAUUAAAACCGUUUAAUGCACAGGUAGUUCCAGUCAGUUUGAUGAACAUUUGAAAUUACACUGUAAACAUAAAUAACAGAUUUAACUGGCAAAUGACAAUGGUAUAAGCAGGAUAAUCUAUGGCUAUAGCCGUGCAUUGAAGGAUUUUAAUGCACCUCCGCUUCACGUCGGGGGGUUCUUGGCAAGGAUUAUCCCUUACGGGCUAAAAUACACUACAAGAAUUUUGCUCAGAUUUUGCCCAGAUUUUCAGUCUGGCCUUGUUACAGAAAGUCUGUGCCAGUCUGCAGAUUUGAUCACUUAGUGUGUUUCUAUCUGAAACUAUCAAAAAGUCUGCAAGUGUAUGAUGUCUAGUUUAAAAAAAAUCUGAUCAGAUUUUAAAAGUCUUGUAGUGUGUUCCAGCCAUUACUUAAAUCAUGCAGAAUAUAUAACUGUGCACGAUGUCCCUGUAUCAGAGCAGCUGUGUAUAGAUAUUACCUCAAAAUAAAACUAGUUUUAACAAAUUAAAUGUUAAUCUGAGUGUUUCUGGAACAAAUGUUCAACAACAUAGAAGUGAAAAGAUUGGAACAUCAGAUAACGUUCCCUGUCAUUUGCCAAUCAUCUUCACAUUGCUAGGGUAAUAUUCAUAAAAGCAACAGAUUCGAUAUCGUACAAAAACGGUAAGCAAAAUGCGUUCAGGAAAAAAUACUAAAGAUGAUAGUUGUCCUUGUCCAUAAUGUCCUAUCCAUACUGACAUAUAAAAAGUAUUUAUUUUUCUUUAUCUCAUUGAUAUAUUAAUAUUACAAUAAAAUAAACACCACAAUAUGAAAACAGCAAGAUUAGCAGAUUACCUCAACAGACCAUCAAUAGAUAUCGCAGUUAUUUCAAAAUGCUGGAUGUAACUUACCAGUAACAAGAACUGUUUCCGGUUUGGUCAUGUGACCUUUGACAAAUAAGCUAUAGACUAUAGGUUAUAGUUUCAUAUUUGUUCCAAAAUGAUCACAUCCUGCAAACUCUACUUAAAUCUAACGAAUGUAAACAGGGAGCUUCCAUGUUGCAAAAAUAAGAUUUUUCAUUUUAUUUUCUAUUAGGCUAAUACUGAAAAAUACAUGCAGGAGAGUAUUAAGUAGGCUAAGGAGAUGAUGGAAAUAUACAUUUAAUUUUUUGUUAAUUAAAUAAUUACGCUAUUUUGAAAAUGAAGUUUCAACAAGUAAAUUGACAUUCAAGUUUGCAUUAUUUCAAUAAACACUGUGAAGCAAAUAUAACUUUUUACAUUACUGUUAAUGUAUUUAUUUUAUCUUAAUAAUAUUAGCUCCUCAGCCUAGAUUCGUACGUGUGAAAAAUCUAUCCAUUUAUCUUUUAUGUAUAUACUAGACUACUGUAUGUUACGCACAGCUUUACUCUCAUGUGACCAGGCUCAUCAAAACAUUACUGACACAACAUUGACAGGUGUUCAGCAAGCUUGGGUUCAUAAAGAACGACUCUCAGGCAACAUGCUAAACACAUAGGUAUAUUUGUUUUCAAUGUCAGUAAAAGGGGACAAUCAUUAUGACCUCGCAUGAGGUUUCAUGCAACAUAAUAUAGGAAAGUUGCCAUAGAGGGUGCAGCAUCAAAUAUGGUCUCGGUACAAAUAUGGAAGCAACAUGGAUGGCGCAAACUGAAAGCUACACACAGAGUGGGUUUGUGAGCUAGUCUCUAAGCUCGAUCACUGUGUUUGUACAAAGCAGAAACACCUGUCGUAUUCAGGUCAUGGAAUGUCAGUUGUUGCAUAAAACAAAGAAAAAUCAAAGCAGUGACUUUUUACCUUACACUUGUUCAUUCAGAAGUGGAAAUAAGCCCUUAGUGGUCGCUUUUAGUAUCCAAACGGUUUAUCUAAACGCGAUGAUCAUAAAUCAUAGCAUCGUACAUUUCUGUCUAAGUUGUUGAUGGAUUGCUUAAAAUUCUAUAAAGUACAAUUUCAAGUGCUGAAUAGGUAUUUGCUUGCUGCUUAAAAUUAGGGAUUGAAAAACUUACCGUUGCAUACAAACGUUGUAUAGAACUACACAAAGUGAUACUAUAAAGGUAGCACGGUCGCACACCGAAACAUGCAAACCUUCACUCUUGCGUACGUACAAACGCCCAUAAACACACGCACACAGAUGAAGCGCCGUAAAAGAUAUGUGCUACCAGUAUCUUUGAUUCAAAACACAACAGAAAUACAGUAAAUCCCCUGAUGCAAAUAUUUCCCACGAUGCAUUGGAAAGCCUUGAAAUAAGAACAACUUACUGGAAACAGCAUAAUACAUCACAUCUCCGUUCACCAAUAAAAUCACCCAUGGUAAAACAACACCAUUAAAAUGCAAAAAUAAAAAAAGAAAUAUGGAAGCAAACCACAAAUUUACAACAAUGACA